UUUACAUUUUACAAUGAUACGUUUUCACUUACAUUAUAAUUUAACCUAUGAUCAUAGUAAUAAACCAUGUCUAAAAAAAAAAUUCAUUACUUUGUGCUAAUAGACGACCAAGAUUAGACAGAAUAGUGUUGCUGGAAAUGUGUAUAUAAAGGACCCCAUGGGAACUGCAAAGGCUAACAACUUGUUAGUUGACAAAAUAUACACUCACACAAUAUAUAGUGAUCUUUGUGAUAUUACACAUUUUAAUAUUAUCUCUUGACAUUUGAAGUGUCUAAUUAUGUUUAUAGAUGUGUGCAUUGUGUAUGUUUUGGCAUAAAUAGAUCAUGUUUCAACACAAAUUUAUUUUUGUUGUUUUUUUGUCGAAAAUUAUUUUUUUUACAAUUUCAUUGUAGCACUAGCUAAAAAGCAGUUUUUUUAAUUUUUCGUAAAAUUUAAAAUUUUGUUUUUAAACUUUCAGACAUAAAAAAGUGUUAUAUUUUCAAAUAUAUACAAAUUAAUGAUUGCAUUAUAAGUCAAUAAUGGAUCAUAACGUGGGUUAUGGUGUAUUAGCUCCAGAAAAUUUCAGUGAUAUUUUUCCUGACGAAGAGGGUAAUACGUUGUUGUUUGGCCAACAAGCAGCUACCUAUGGAAGUUUAGGUAACGUAAGUGAUUCAACUAAUGACAGUUAUCACCGAUGGUAUGAUUACGAUUCCAUGGUGAAUAGAUCUUACCAGGAUGAACAGUCAUAUCAUGGUACAGCUUACGAAACAGAAACUGAUUAUGGUGCUUAUUCAUGUAAUCAAUCUUGCUGCACAGAUACUGAUGGGGCUACUGUUCUUCCCCCGGAUCGAGAGAGCAUAAAUUACAUCUCUCGUACAGAUGCUUCUGCCACUGAAGAAACGUUUUAUUAUUUGGAAAAGAAUGUAACAGGAAGUGCAUCCACAGCUUUGGUUGGGUGGAAUAUUGUCAACCUAUUGCUAAGUACAAGUCUGCUUUGUUUCCCUUUUGCAAUUGCAAUGGGUGGCUAUGUUGUGUUACCGUUUAUUUUUCUCAUAUGUGUUGUCACAAACUACACCAGCAGAAUUUUGGUGAAUAUGAUGUAUGAGAAAUCAACAGAUUAUCAUAGCAGAAGAAGACGUGUCAGGAUCAGAGUUGAUUAUGUUGAUCUUGCACAGGAUGUUUUUAAUUCACGAAAAGGAGCUUGGUUUAUUCAAACCUUUCAAGUGUUCGAAAUGGUAGCUAUAUGUGUUUUAAAUAUUUGUGUACUUGGUAGACUGACACAUGAGAUAGUGCCAGGUGUAAAUAUUCAUGGCUGUACUGCUAUUGCUGCAGUACUUGCAUUGCCAACUUUUUUUAUCCGUAAGCUGGCAGUAAUUGGUUGGAUGCAAACAAUUGGAGUGUUUUCAUUGGCUAUGGGUUUAAUUAUAGUUCAAGGUUACUGUCUGGGAAACGUUUCAAAAUGGAGUAUUUCAUCAGUGCCCAAACACAAUAUUUCAGCAUUGCCUAUAGCUAUUGGAAUUAUAAUCUAUGCAUUUGGCAUUCAUGGAGUCAUGCCAGGGUUAGAAGAACAAAUGGGAAAACGCAAGAGAUUUGGAUUUGUAAUUAACCUCACAUUUUUUCUCGCUGCAGGAGUGCAAUGUUUUUUUGGUUUUACUAAUGCUAUUUUAUAUGGUGGGAAGACAAAUCAAGUGAUCACGGUUGAUCUACAAAAUCAUUUUGCACUUGGUGUGGCUACAGCCUGUUUCAUAGGAAUCUCUAUUUUAUCACAUUUUUCUCUACCAACAUUUGUUGUGCUUGAAAAACUUGACAACGCAAUUCAUCAGAUGUUUCCAUGUUGUCCAUCACAUGGAGAAAAUAAUUUUAACCUUUUUUUAUCUGUUUGUUUACGGUUUGUUGUUAUGGGGUUCUCACUGGGUGUUGCUGUGUUGGUUCCAUACUUUGCAUAUCUAAUGGCAUUUGUUGGUUCUACAAUAACAGUGAUUAUGUCACUUGUCGUGCCCUGUUCAUUUCAUUUAAAGCUUUGUAGAGCACAAUUGCGUUGGUGGCAGAUAACGAUAGAUGGGUUUAUUAUUUUAUUUGGAAUUCUCUGUUUUAUGUUUGGAUCAUAUUUUGCUUUUAUGGCUAUAUUUACUGAGCACAGUCAAAAUGAAGGAUUUUAGGUAUUGUUGCACAGGUAUUUUAACUGCAUUUUUAUAUAAGAUUUUUAUUAAAAAGAAAAUAUUCUCCUAAAUUAGUCACAAGCAAGUAAUUAGCAAAGAUCUAGGUUAACCAAGCCAUAUCUUGCUGUAUAGAAAUAAUGUAGGAAUAAAAAGUGUAAGAAGAACAACUUAUAUUGUUAUCUAAGAUCGAUUAUCUAAAUAUCACUUUGAAAAAUCAAAAACAGUGUUUUGAUGAAUUUUGACCAAGUUUUGUAAAAAAGGUAUUUCUAUUCAUGUGUUUUAAAAAGUUUUGUCCAAGUUUAUUGGUUAGUUUACUAACCACAUAACGGGUUAACUACUUCAUUAACCAAACUCAGCUUAAAAUUUCUUAAAAUUUCAACUUAAUGUUAGAAAAACUUCAAGAUUACCUUUUUCCUAAAAUUUUCAAGGGAGUGUAAAGUUCUUUAACUUAUUCAGAAAACAUUGAGUUUAUGGUUAUAAUUCAUAGCAUAACAUCCAAUCAACUUCCAGCGCUGUUCAAAGUAAUUAAUAUGCUUGUUUAAAUGAGAAGCUGAGUUUUGUUUUAAUUAAAUUUACCUUUAAACUUUAAGUAAUUUAUCAAAAUAAAUAUCAAAAACAACUGACAAAAAAAUAGUGUGGGGGAGAAAGAAGAAGAAAUGCUUUUCUAUUUUGUAUAUAUAAGUUUUUGUGUGCGUACUGUAAAAUAAAUUUAAGAUUUGUAACCAACUUACAAGUUACUCCACAGUUGUUGGUAUAGCUGUAUUAAAAGGAUUUUAUAUUAUGUUUUUAUUAUAUUUUUAAAAUGUUUUUUUAAAUUAGCUUCUUUGUAUCUUAUUUAUUAAAUAAAUAUAUUAAACUGAA